GGGCCCGCCUCUCCCACCUCCUCCGCCCGGGGCUCCAAGCACACCGGACGCAGCUGCGCAACCGCCCCAUCGCAGGGCCAUGGGUCUUAGUCCUGUCUCGACCCCUGCGAGUCCGCCCCAUCUGCCGCUUGACUAGAGGCCCAGGUGGUCAUCAUGGGUCAGUGCUACUACAAUGAGACCAUCGGCUUUUUCUAUAAUAACAGUGGCAAGGAGCUCAGCCUUCACUGGCGCCCCAAGGAUGUGGUGGUGGUGGCUCUGGGACUGACAGUCAGUGUACUGGUGUUGCUCACCAAUCUGCUGGUUAUUGCAGCCAUCGCCUCCAAUCGACGCUUCCACCAGCCCAUAUACUACCUGCUUGGCAACUUGGCUGCUGCUGACCUCUUCGCCGGUGUGGCCUACCUCUUCCUCAUGUUCCAUACUGGCCCGCAAACCGCCAGGCUCUCCAUCAAAGGCUGGUUCCUAAGACAGGGCCUGCUGGACACCAGCCUGACGGCAUCAGUGGCCACACUGCUGGCCAUCGCUGUAGAACGGCACCGUAGUGUGAUGGCUGUGCAGCUACACAGCCGCCUGCCCCGGGGCCGUGUGGUCACACUCAUUGUGGGUGUGUGGGUGGCUGCACUGGGCCUAGGGUUGCUGCCUGCACACUUCUGGCACUGCCUCUGUGACUUGGACAGUUGCUCACGAAUGGUGCCCCUGUUCAGCCGCUCCUACCUGGCUGUGUGGGCCCUGUCCAGCCUGCUCGUCUUCCUGCUCAUGGUAGCUGUCUACACACGCAUUUUCCUCUAUGUGCGUAGACGGGUGGAACGCAUGGCGGAGCAUGUCAGCUGCCAUCCCCGCUACCGAGAGACGACACUCAGCCUAGUCAAGACUGUUGUCAUCAUCCUGGGGGCAUUUGUGGUGUGCUGGACACCAGGCCAGGUGGUGCUGCUCCUGGAUGGUCUGGACUGUAAAUCCUGCAAUGUCCUGGCUGUGGAGAAGUACUUCCUGCUCCUGGCUGAGGCCAACUCACUAGUCAACGCAGCAGUGUACUCCUGCCGAGAUGCCGAGAUGCGCCGGACCUUCCGCCGCCUCCUCUGCUGCAUGUGCCUCCGCUGGUCCAACCACAAAUCUGCCCGGUGCUCGUCUUCUGCCCAGAUGGGUGCCAGCACCCGAAUUAUGCUUCCUGAGAAUGGCCACCCACUGAUGGACUCCACCCUUUAGCUUCCUUGGACUGAGGCAGGAGAUGGGCAGCCAGAGCAUUGUCUGUCUGCACCCCAUGACCACUUGUAGUUCUCCUGACUCCGUCCGGCCCAGCAGACGCAUGGCCCCUCCAUACUCCCUAGGCCCACAGAUCUGCCUGCCUCUGGGCACAGGGAUUUGGGGACAUCUCCAUGCACAUGGGAGAGCAUCCAAAGGGGCUUGGCAAUCUGACUCUCAAUCAUCUCAGGUUUUAGUUGUUUGGUUUUUUUAACAGACAUUUUCAUAUUUUACUGAAUAUCUCUGGUAUGUCCUGUGGACUGGUUCUUCCUACGUGGUGCUGUAGGUGUUCAGGGUGGAAGAGGCAAGAGCUGUCCCAGGCCACACAACCCACUGUUAGAGGCUAUAGGUGUGAUGUCUUCCUGAGGCUAGUUUGUGUUUGUUUUUUUGAGACAGUAUUUCAUGUAGCCUAGGCUGACC